CACACACGCACUUUCACUGAGAAAUAAACACACAUAUAAAGUCUCGCACUGUAGAGCAGUGGUCAGCAGUGAGAAGUAUCUUGGACAAUGGCUUCAUACACGUUACCGGAGGGAUUCAGUGACUUCGACAUGUUCGCCUUCGGCUCCGUGCUGCUGGUGGGCGGUCUUCUCGGUUUCUUUCUUAACUUUAUCUCGGUGAUGGCGUUCCUCAGAAUCCGGGAGAUGCAGACGCCCAAUAACUUCUUCAUCUUUAACCUGGCUGUGGCUGAUCUGAGCCUCAACAUUAACGGUUUAGUGGCUGCUUACGCUAGUUACCUGAGAUACUGGCCGUUUGGGUCGGAGGGCUGUCAGAUGCACGGUUUUCAGGGAAUGGUGUCGAUCCUCGCCGGCAUCAGUUUUCUGGCUGCCAUUGCUUGGGACAGAUAUCAUCAGUACUGUACUAAGCAGAAGAUGUUCUGGAGCACGUCUGUGACCAUCAGCACCAUCAUCUGGAUCCUGGCUGUGUUCUGGGCCGCUCUGCCGCUGCCGGCCAUCGGAUGGGGCAUCUUUGACUUUGAGCCGAUGAAAACAUGCUGUACGCUCGACUACACACAAGGAGACCGGAGUUACAUCACCUACAUGCUGUCCAUCACUGUACUGUAUUUAGCAUUCCCUGUUAUGGUUUUACAGUCCUCCUACAAUGCCAUCUAUGCUUAUUUCAAAAAGACACACCGUUUUAAGUUUAACACAGGUUUACCUCUGAAAGCGCUGCUGUUCUGCUGGGGUCCGUAUGUUCUGAUGUGCACAUACGCCUGCUUCGAGAACGUUAACCUCGUUUCACCAAAGCUCAGAAUGGUCCUCCCGGUGCUGGCGAAGACAUCUCCGAUCUUCCACGCCGUCCUGUACGCGUUCGGUAACGAGUUCUACCGCGGAGGAGUCUGGCAGUUCCUCACCGGGCAGAAGUCUGGAGACAAAAAGAAAUAGUGAAAGAGCUUUAGCCAUGUAAUGUUGUAUUCAGGCGAGUCUGCAAGAGUUUACACGUGAUGUGACUGUAAUUCACUGUAUAUGUCAAAUCAGUGCCUAACACAUUUGGAAAUAUUUGUGCUUAUUGAAGACUGACAUAUGAAGCCUUAUUUCAGUUUCCUGGAGUGUGAGAGAUGACGUACACAGUUCAUUCAGGACACAACCAUUUCACCAUUUCAUUGUUCUUGCCUUACUGUUGCUGUUGAUCAGUGCAUGAGAAUCCACUAUUCAUGUGUAAAAGUAACCAAAGCUUGAGACCAGUGCAUGAACCGCUAAAAACAAAAGGGCUUUUCAUUGUUAAUCCACAGAACAAACUGUGAGGCACAAGACAGUUUGUCACUGGUUCUUUAGGGGCUCAGAAGGGGACUGAUGAAGGUGAAUGAACGCCACUAGAAUCUCUGAUCAAGGAUUGGCUUGCAGAUGGUCAUCUUCACUGGUUUAGCUGGUUUCCUUCACAAACAGUCAUCUGACUCAGUAAAUGCCCUGAUUCCUCUGUGUGUGUUAGUUAGGAGUUCGAAUGCUCAUUUAUGCAGAUGCUUUUAUUCAAAACCACGUUCAUUUAUUACAGGUUCGGUCUGUUGCUCAAGGAACACA